GAAAGAGAGAGUGUGUGUGUGUGUGUGUGUGUGUGUGUGUGUGUGUGAGAGAGAGAGAGCGAGAGAGAGAGAAAGAGGAUCGACAUGGAACUGUAGCAUCCUCCUCACAUGCAACCCACCGUUCCUACGUUCAGGGUCUUCAUGCAAUCGCCAGACAUCCAUCCCGACCACUGGACAAUGUCUGGGAUAAAAAUCAGCCUUUACCUUCUGAUUUCUCAGCUGUUCAUCAUGCAUUCAGCAGUGGGCUUUAGCAGCAAAUACCUGAGAGACCAGCACAGGUUUACCGAUGACGUGGACUGGUCCUACACAGGUUUUGGUGAGUGGGGAAAAUCCAUACCUAUGGUCUUUCCCUGUGAAGUGCUCAAAGUCUUAUGGAAAAGAAGCAGCACAAAAAAUGUAUUCUGUACAGGAAGUUUGAACCAGCAGCACUGGGUGAAGAAGUACCGCUCCUGCAAUGGUGCCAGGCAGUCACCCAUCAACAUUGAGGAGAGCUUUACCCAGGUUCAAGUGCAGUACCAGGAUCUGCAGUUUGAGAACUGGGAGCAGCUCAUGUUCGAUUCUACCAUCACCAAUGAUGGAAAAACAGUGGUUAUCAGUGUGAAUGGGCAGUUCUUCAUCAGUGGAGAAGGACUCGGGUCACGGCUCAGAGUAGCCAGGAUCACGUUCCACUGGGGCCGCUGCAACGCUUCGUCGGAUGGUUCGGAACACAGCCUCAAUGGCUACAAGUUUCCUCUAGAGAUGCAAAUAUACUGUUAUGAGGAAAACGAGUCAUCUAUAGAUGAUGCUCUGAGGCGGAAUGGCAGAAUCACUGCACUGGCCGUACUGUUUGAGGAGAGCUUUAGUGAUAACGAGAACUACGCUGCCGUAAUCGAUGGGGUCAACGCCGUCAGCCGUUAUGGUAAGAGUAGAAUGCUCGAGGCCUUUUCUCUGCUCGGCCUACUUCCUGAGUCGACAGCCAAAUAUUACAUCUACAACGGCUCCCUCACCGCGCCGCCCUGCACGGAGACAGUGAGGUGGAUUGUGUUCCGAGACACGGUGCCAAUUUCUGAAACGCAGCUGGAGGUGUUCUGUGAGGUGAUGACCAUGCAGCAGGCUGGAUAUGUGAUGCUUACAGAUUACCUUCAGAACAAUUACAGGGAGCAACAGCAGCAGUUCCUGGGGCAGGUUUUUUCAUCAUACACUGGCACCGAGGAAGUUCUUGCUCCUAUGUGCACCUCGGAGCCAGAGAACGUUCAGGCGGAUCCGCAAAACCACACCAGCAUCAUGGUCACGUGGGAAAGGCCGCGUGCCGUCUACGAAACCAGCAUCGAGAGAUAUUCCGUCACUUACCAGAGUCUACAGGGCAAAAAUGCUCCAAAGCGACAGUUCCUGACCGACGGGGACCAGGAUGUUGGAGCCAUUAUUUACAACCUGCUGGCCAAUAACAGCUACGUUGUCCAAGUGGUGGCGCUGUGCACCAACGGCUUGACCGGUCGCAUGAGUGAUCAGUUUAUAGUGGACAUGCCUCUGGAAGACCCCGAAAACGAUCCUGAUCCAUCGGCUGAAUCAACCCAAGUAGAAGAUUUUCCUGAGGAGACCUCCCAGCCCACUGUAUCUGCGAGUAGGACAAGCAGCAAACCAACAGUUUUGCCUGCCCAGACCUCUUAUUUCAAGAGCGCCUUAUAUGACACCACAUCCACCUACAAUCAACCAGUAGCCCUUUUUCCAACAAUCAAGCCAACCACAUCACCACCACCACAACAUAGGCUUACAGUAGAAUCUCAAACUUUUUCUUCAGAACAGACAAGAAGCCAUGAACAACCAACAAGCAGCCACAUUUCUUCAGAGGACGAAGACACCAUGCUGGUAACUGAAGUUCACUUGAAAUCUAAGACGACUUCGUCCAGCCCGAAUGAGGAGCAGCUCAGUCUGCCGACACUCAUAACCAGAGGGGAUCGAGAUCAGGGGCAAGUGUGGUGGACCAAACCUCGCGUCACUUCUGUAACCUCAGCUCCAAAUGCAGAGAGCAGAACCAUCUACGUCACCAGUAACACUUUGUCCGUCUCGGUGAAGAAUGUUAACGAACCCACUCGGCCGUUGUUUAACGAAGCGAGCAACAGCAGUCCACAGUCUCGAGUGGGAAUGGUGGGAGGGACGGAGCGAGAAAAGAGGACAGUGGUGCCACUAGCGGUGGUGUCUACCCUUACUGCGAUCUGCCUGCUGGUGCUGAUUAGCAUCCUCAUCUAUUGGAGGAAGUGCUUUCAAGCGACACAUCUCUAUGUAGAAGACAAAGCAUCUCCCAGAGUCAUAACAGCUCCAUCAACACCUCUUCUCCUCAAUACAGAAGAACAUGCAGCACUUCCAGUGAAAGAAUUUGUCAAGCACGUCGCAGACCUUCACUCCAACAACACGUUCUCGAAGGAGUUCGAGAGCUUGAAAGAGUCUUAUGAGGAAAUUCAGUCCUGCACUGUGGACAUGGGGAUUACGAUGGACAGUUCAAACCAUCCAGACAACAAAAACAAGAACCGAUACAUCAACAUCCUGGCCUAUGAUCACAGUCGAGUCAAACUCAAUCACAAUGCAGAGAAAGAUGGAAAGACUGGAGACUAUAUAAAUGCCAGUUAUGUGGAUGGCUACAAACAUUCUAAAGCUUACAUUGCAGCCCAGGGUCCACUCAAGACAAGCCUGGAAGACUUCUGGAGGAUGGUGUGGGAGCAGAAUGUUAGCAUCAUCGUCAUGAUAACCAACCUGUUGGAGAAGGGUCGGAGAAAAUGUGACCAGUACUGGCCAAUGGAAAACCAGGAGGAGUAUGGGAGUUUUCUGGUCACGCUGAAAAAUACUGUAACCUUGGCCUACUACACUAAGAGGACCUUCACCCUGAGAAACAUCAGCAACAAAAAGGGCUCUCUGAAGACUCGAAGUCAGGAAAGAACCAUCGAUCAGUACCAUUACACUCAGUGGCCAGACAUGGGCGUUCCUGAGUACACACUUCCAGUGCUCAAAUUUGUACAAAAGUCAUCUGAGAACCAGAACGCUGACUCAGGCCCUGUGGUGGUGCACUGCAGUGCUGGAGUGGGAAGAACAGGAACCUACAUUGUGAUAGACAGCAUGUUGAAACAGAUAAAGGCAGAGGGAACGGUGAACAUCAUGGGCUUCCUGAAGCACAUCCGGAGCCAGAGAAACUAUCUGGUGCAGACUGAGGAACAAUAUGUUUUCAUUCACGAUGUCUUAGUAGAGGCCAUCAGGACUAACGAGACACAAGUGUCAGCCAACCACGUUCAUGCUUACGUCUCGCAUCUUCUCACUCCCGGACCAACAGGCAAGACCCGUCUAGAGAAACAGUUUAAGUUGACUAGCCAGAAGUGUGCAAAUCAGGACGACUAUGUAACAGCACUGAAAGAGUGUAACAUACCAAAAAACAGGACUUCCGCCCUCCUGCCAGUGGAACGAUCCAGAGUCAGUUUGUCUCCGACCGGUAUGGAUUCUUCCGACUAUAUUAACGCUUCUUACGUCAUGGGUUACCAUCAAAGCAGUGGAUUCAUCAUCACUCAGAGACCCCUGGCUAACACUAUACAAGACUUUUGGAGGAUGAUCUGGGACCAUAAUUCGCAGAUCAUCAUUUCUCUGCCAGAUAUGCAGCGCCUGAGCGAGGAGGAGGAGUGUGUUUACUGGCCAACUAAAGAGCAGCCAAUCAGCUGUGAGACCUUUACAGUGACACUAGGAGAGGAGGAUCAUCUUUGUCUAUCUUAUGACGAGUCUCUGGUGGUGCAGGACUUUAUUUUGGAAGCCUUAAAAGAUGACUAUGUGCUGGAGGUUCGCUGCUACCAGGCGCCACAUUGGCCCAAUCUAGACAGACCCAUCAGCAACGCCUUUGAGCUCAUUAACAUCAUCAGGGACGAGUGCGCACAUCGGGAGGGAGCUAUCGUGGUCCAUGAUGGGUAUGGAGGCUCCAAUGCUGGGAUUCUGUGUUCCCUGAUCACCCUGACUAAUCAGCUAGAAGACGAGAACAUGGUGGACGUCUAUCUGACAGCCAGGAUGACCAACCUGAUGAGACCAGGAGUAUUCAGUGAUAUUGAGCAGUAUCAGUUUCUUUAUAAAGCGAUCUUAAGCUCGGUGAGCAGCAAGGAAGAUGAGAAAACGCUGCAUUGCACGGAGAACAACGGAAACAUCCUGGCCGGCUCCGCGACCAUCACCGAGAGUCUCGAGUCUCUUAUGUAAUGUAUAGAGAGAUACCAUCUUUCAACUAAGAUUCCAAUGAUCACUGAGGGUCUCGAGUCUCUCAUAUAAUGUAUAGAGAGAUACCAUCUAUCAACUGAGAUUCCAAUGAUCACUGAGGGUCUCGAGUCUCUUAUAGAAUGUAUAGAGAGAGAUACCAUCUAUCAACUGAGAUUCCAAUUAUCACUGAGAGUCUCGCGUGUCUUAUAUAAUGUAUAACUCUUAUAAUGUAUGUCAUAAGGUUUUGACGUUUUCCAAUGUACGAAAUUCAAAAAAAUGUUUACAUUGACAUAAAGUAAGGCCAUUUUGGCUUUAUACACCCCCCUCUUGCGAAAGUCCCCAUUCUGGUUACAGGAUGCGAUUUGGUCUUGACUUGUGCCUUUUUGUAAACCGUGUAACUUUAUAAAAAAAAAAAAGAAGCGAUUUAUUGUUGGAACUAAUGCCAAAAUUUCUACUCUUUUUCCGAAUGUCUGACUGCCGCAUUGCUAGUGACGUCUAUUCAGUUUCAAAUGUAAUAUUUAUAAAUUAAAAAAAGAAAUAGAUAUACGCAGAUUUUAUAGAGACAUAAAUGUAGCUCAAGUACAUCGUGACACAAAGAAACGUUGCAGAUAUACGACUGAUCGCACCGAAAGACCAAACCCUAUUUGUAUAAAUAAAUUUUCUAUUUUACUACUUUGGUUUAGCAUAUAAAUUUAACCUUUUUUUUUUUUUGGGAUAUACAAGUACACAGUUAAGUGUCUGUAACGGUUUUUUUUUUUCCUCAUCCGUGUUCCGUUAUUUUGACGCAUGAAUUUACGUACAAAAAAAAACCAAACAAAAAAUGCAACAAUUAACGUGUGUGAUGUCUGUAAUCAACGCCUGUACGUUUGUGAUUUUGUGUUUCUAACUGCUGAUGAUGCGACUAUGCUGUGUACAAGUGAGUCAGGAAGAAACGCUACGACCUCUGAACUUGCCGCUCGCACGGAUCGUGUACGUCCCGUCGGAAUGUUCACGUUUUAACACGUAAAUCAGAAAAAAGAAUUAAUAAUAGAGGACCCAGUAUUAACAAACAUUCCACUUUUCCCCUAAAAGUACAAUGAGGUCCUCGGUAUUCUGUUAUUCUACUGGGGUUUGAUGAUUUAGUUGGUUUUAUAUAUAUAAAAAAAUCACUUACAGAAA